AUGCAGGCCGUGCGUCAGUGUUCAGCGUGUGCGAGCCGAGCUGCAGGAGGGCUUCUGAGAAAUCAGAGCGAUUUUCCCGUCCUGCAGAACAACAACAGCGUGUUCAGAGGGGCCGCCUGCAUCCGCUUCCUCAGCUGCAGCGCCACUGAGACCAGGACGCUGGGAGUCCACAAGCUUGGAGAGAAGACCAGCCCUCCGUCCGUGAGCGCCGUGACUUCCAGUGACGCCCGAGGACUGUUUGACAUCGCCGUGACUCAGCAGGUGGAAAACCUCUCUCAGGACUCUCUGAUCAGAAGAGCUGCCUCAGUGGUCACAGACAGUUCCAGCACUUUCCUCUCGCAGACCACCUUGGCUCUCACCGAGGCUCUGGCAAACUACGCAAAGGCUGUGCACUCACGCAUUGCUUUCCAGAGACGAUACCUAGCCUCCCUGGGAAAACUGACUGCUGCAGAGGAGGACAUGCUGCUGCAGGUGGUCCACGGCUGGAGGGCAGAGGCUAUUAACAGGCUGGAUGACUGUAAACGUUAUGAAUCGACGUGGAUCACUGCUGUCAACCUGUGUAAAAAUGCAGCCGAGUCGGCAGAAAACUCAGGAGCUCAGCAGGCGUCCCUCUCAAUGAGGACCAACAUUCAGGUGGCCCAGUCUCAGGUGGAGGAAGCCCGGAAACUCUCAGCCGACGCAGACAAGAAGCUGGCCGAGACCAAAGUGGAGGAGAUCCAGAGGAAGGCGGAAUAUGCAGCUUUUAACAGCGAGGAGUUUGAGAUCCACGAGGCUUAUCUCCGAGAAGACUGAGAC